GAAGCGACAACACUAGUUAUAAUGUCUAUAAAAUGUGAAAACAUUAUCAUUUGUUUAUUCAUUUUGAAUAAACACCUUGUUCGUGGAAUCUUGUGAUAUUGUAGCUGUUCAUUUCUUAAAUCUUAGUGAUAAACAACAAAAAGAUUUGAAGGGAAAUUUAUAUCUUACUAUUUGUAUACAUUAAGUGGUAUACUUAAGGUAUAUAAGAUGCACGGUCGGGUUAAGGUUAGAACAACUGAAGAGGAGAAAGCAAGGAAAGAAAAAGAAAGGCAAGAAAAGCUAAAACUUUUCAAACAUGCAAUGCAUAAAAUACAGAUUAAGAGAAAGAGUGGCGAACUAGAUAAGGAGUUAUUGGAAAUUACGGGAAAAGUCUUGACAUCAAACCCUGACAUUUAUACCUUAUGGAACAUAAGGAGGGAAAUUCUGAUUGGUUUCAGCAAAACUGUAGAACCUGAAGAAGAUAUGUCAAAGCUUUAUGAUGACGAGUUGUACCUAACAGAGCAUUGUCUCAAGAUAAACCCCAAAUCCUACUGUGCCUGGCACCAACGGGAGUGGGUCCUAUUGACCCGUCCUGAUCCUGAUUGGAAGAAGGAGCUGGCAUUAUGCAACACAUAUUUGAAGUUGGAUGAGCGAAAUUUUCACACAUGGGAUUAUAGAAGAUUUGUAGUUGGACAAUGUAAACCACCAUUGAAUGAAGAAUUCGAUUUUACAACUGAAAAAUUGUUUGAUAACUUUUCGAAUUAUUCUGCAUGGCAUUACAGGAGCAAAAUGUUAGUUGCACUUUAUCCUGAUUUAGAAGGAGGUAGACCAAUAGAAGAUGAGCAUCAUAAGCAUGAACUAAAGAUGGUCGAAAGUGCAGCGUUUACUGAUCCCGACGACACCAGUGCAUGGUUUUACCAGAGAUGGCUUUUAGGAGCAGUAAAAACAAUCGUCGCACCAGUCGUAUGUGUAAUAUCACCUACGAAAACCACUGUUGCCUUCAACAAACAUGUAUCAGUGGAGUUUGUUGAUCAGAAGACAUUUAUCAUAAUAAAUAAUCUUCCUGCACUUGGCAAAUGGAUAUCAUGUUCAGGGAAAAAAUAUGAUUUGUUGUGGAUGUAUAAACAUGAUGUUGUUGUAGCGGAUAAUUUGGAAGUUAAGGUUGAAUUCAUAAAGGAUAAUGAUGAAAAGUUGAUUGUACAUUGUCACAAACACAAAAAUUCUUACAUUGGAAAAAAUGAGAUUGAUUUUCAGCUAAAAUAUUCCAAACCUGUUAUUGAAGAACUGCAAAAGCAAUUGGAUUCUUGUCGUCAAUUAUUAGAAUUGGAACCAGAUAGUAAAUGGACAAUGCUGACGACAACAUUUCUCCUCCACUGUUUAGACGCAAAGCGGCAUCAUAAAGAGGUGAUCGAAAAAUUACAAGCACUAAAAACUAUAGACUCAAUGCGUGCAGGGUAUUAUAGCGAUUUAAUUACUAAAUGGAGUAUAGAGGAACAGUUGGCUGAUGAUUAUCAAAAUGAAAAAGACAGUCUUGUCAUAAGGUUUAAUGAGAAAAUAGCAUACUUGCCACAUUUGCAGUAUUACAGCUUUUGCGAAAAAGUCGACUUGUCUAACCAGAGUUUGACGAGUAACAAAAUGCAAUCCUUAAUUAUGCUACAACAUUGUAAGAAACUCAAUUUAGAGAACAAUCAAUUAACUACACUGAAAGACUUUCCAAAAUUGGAUUUAGUUGAAUUAAAUUUACGGGGCAAUAACCUCUUAGAUGAAGAGGAAGUUAAAAAGUUCAUGGAUAUGCAUAAUUAUACAAUUUUAUACUAA